AUGGAUCUUCGUUCCUGGGUUUCGGACAAUACGAUCAAGUAUUUAAACAUGUCAGAGCGUAACAUGGUAGACUACAUAAUUGCACAAGCUCAGUCUGCCAAAUCUAAAGAAUCUCUUCGAGAAAUUUUAAAUGAAUUUCCUCCAGAAUCUUCAGAUUUCAUCAAUGAACUUUAUGAACGCGUACCAAGGAAGUCUUCGCAAUCCAAUGUCGCCUCGUUAAAACGUAAAAGACAGGACCAGGAAUCUAAAGCCUCUUUAGAAAGUCAGGUUAAAUAUAAACUGUUAUUGGAUGAAGAUCAGGAUUAUGAAAAGCAUAAUGAUGAAGGGCAAUCUAAAAAGUCAAAGAAAUCGAAAAAAGGAAAACAUAUUCGUAAAAAAGAAUCUUCAAAUGCCUGGGAAACUGAUUCGGAGGAUGAGCGGAUUGCGCAUAAACGAAAGUUUGAAGAAUCGACGGAAGAAUCAACCGACCCUGAAGAUGAAUAUGAAAAAGCCCAACGAGAGAAAAUGCAAGAUCUCAAAGAAAGAGAUGAAUUUGCGAAACGUGUAAGAGAAAAAGAUAAAGCGAAAACGAAAAAGCUAGUAGAAGAUCGUUCUUCAAAAUCUCAGAGCGAAUCUACCCUUCGUCGAAAUCUUGCAGAUGAUCCAGAAGCACGCAAACAGUAUAUACCAGAUAUUCGUGAGCGCUCUCGCCAAGAUUAUCUCAAGGCUCGUGCAGAACAGCGAAUGUUAUUGAUGGAGGCAGAGCUUCGUGAUGAAGAGACACUUUUCAAGGACAUAAAGCUAACAGAAAAAGAAAAGAAAGACUAUCAAUUAAAAAGAGAUACUCUACAGUUAACAAAAGGAAGAUUAAGUCUUUCCAAAAAAAGCGAAGAAUACACUUUGCCUGAAGAUUAUAUAACUGAACAAGGAAAGAUUGAUAAGAAGAAAAAGGAAUCUGUAUUAUAUCAGCGUUACGAAGAAGAUCGAGACCAACACAAAUUUGUUACAGAUCAAGAUCAAUGGGAGCAAAAUCAAAUUGUCAAAUCCCAAUUGAAAACUGGUGCGCAGGAUCGGGUGAAGGAAGAACAUGAAUACGAUUAUGUCUUUGAUGAAACCCAACAGAUGGAGUUUCUAAAUUGGGAUUGGAGUGAAAAACAUGAUGAAAUUACAAAGAAAAUUGAUGCAGCUGAACAAGAAGCAAAGUCAAUAGAAGAAGCACGAAAAUCUCUGCCAAUAUACCUGUUUCGAGAUGAUUUGCUUAAAGCAAUUGAUGAAUAUCAGACUAUCAUUAUUGUUGGUGAAACCGGUUCUGGAAAGACCACUCAAAUUCCACAAUAUCUUCACGAAGCUGGUUAUACUAAAGGAGGAAAGAAAAUCGGAUGCACUCAACCUAGAAGAGUUGCAGCGAUGAGUGUAUCUGCUCGCGUAGCCACCGAAAUGGGCGUAAAAUUAGGGUAUCAGGUUGGAUAUGCAAUUCGCUUCGAGGAUUGCACCUCUGAUAAAACCAUCAUAAAAUAUAUGACUGAUGGUAUGCUUUUACGCGAAUUUUUGACUGAGCCUCUUUUAGAAGAUUACAGCUGUUUGAUAAUCGAUGAGGCCCACGAAAGAACUUUACACACCGACAUACUUUUCGGUUUGAUUAAGGAUAUUUGUCGAGUUCGACCCGAAUUGAAAUUAUUAAUAUCAAGUGCGACGAUGGACGCUCAAAAAUUCUCCAAAUAUUUUGACGAUGCACCCAUAUAUAAUAUCCCAGGCCGGCCUUUUCAUGUCGAAACAUUAUAUACAAAAGCCCCUGAGGCAAAUUAUAUAACUGCUGUAAUAUCUACAGUGAUGCAGCUUCAUAUAGCUAUGCAAGGUGGCGAUAUUUUAGUCUUUCUUACGGGACAAGACGAGAUUGAAAGUGUGCAGGAAACUCUAUCGCAGACUUGCAGAGUUCUCGGUAGCAAGAUAAAAGAACUUAUAAUUUGCCCGAUUUAUGCAAAUUUGCCACCUGAUAUGCAAUCCAAAAUUUUCGAACCCACUCCUGAAGGCGCUCGCAAGGUUAUUUUAGCAACUAAUAUAGCCGAAACUUCAAUUACAAUUAAUGGUGUUAAAUACGUAAUUGAUCCUGGUUUUGUUAAACAAAAUGUAUAUAGCCCUAGGACUCGCAUGGAAUCUUUGGUAGUUGUUCCGUGCUCAAGAGCGUCAGCGAAUCAAAGGAUGGGUAGAGCUGGUCGUGUAGGAAAUGGUUUCUGCUUCCGCUUAUAUACACAAUAUGCUUAUGCGAAUGAAAUGGAAGAAAACAGUGUUCCCGAAAUUCAAAGAACAAAUUUAGGAAAUGUGGUUUUAUUAUUAAAAAGUAUUGGAAUUCACAAUGUCAUGCAAUUUGAAUUUAUGGAUGCACCGAAUGACCAGGCUCUGAUUCAGGCUCUGAAUGACUUGUACGGAUUAGGCGCACUUAAUGAUAGUGGUGAAUUGACAAAAUUAGGCCGGAGAAUGGCCGAGUUUCCUUUGGAUCCAAUGUUAUCUAAAGCGAUCAUUUGGUCCGAGAAAUACCAUUGUUCAGAAGAAGUAUUAUCUAUUAUAAGUAUGUUGACUGUGCAAGGCUCGGUAUUUUAUCGUCCUAAAGACAAAAAGUUUCACGCCGAUAAAGCUCGACAAAAUUUUAUUAAACCUGGCGGUGAUCAUUUCACUCUUCUUAAUGUUUGGGAACAAUGGUUAGAAACCAGCUAUUCUAUGAAUUGGUGUUAUGAAAACUUUAUUGUUUAUAGGUCAAUGGUACGUGCGCGUGAUGUACGCGACCAGCUUGUCGGGUUAUGCGAGCGUACUGAAGUAGAGUUAGAGUCAAAUUCGAAUCCAGCUGAUAUAAUUCCGAUUCAAAAGGCUAUUGUUGCUGGUUUCUUUAUGAAUGCCGCAAGGAUAUCUCGUUUUGGUGAUUCAUAUCAAAAAGUAAAAUUUGGAGAUCCAAGCCGCACGGUACAUAUUCAUCCCAGCAGUGGUUUGUUUAAGGCUGAUCCGAAAUGGGUAAUAUAUUUUGAAUUGGUCUUGACCAGCCAAGAAUAUAUGCGCCAAGUUAUGGAAAUACAGCCUGAAUGGUUGUUAGAAGCUGCCCCUUAUUAUUAUGAAAAGGAAGAAAUUGAUAAAUUGGAUGGAAAAAAGAAGAUGCCAAAAACUUUGCAGCCGCAAUGA